AUGGAAGCGGUGGUACGUAGCGCGGCCCUUGGGCAGAACAUUCAUAACAUCAUGCCGGGCGGUUUGGUGGCCGGGCACGGGCUGCUGCAGUCGAAGCCGCUCGCCGAGCUGCCCGGUAACGGUGUGGCGUUGCUGCACGAAAAGCGCCCGAUUGCGCCCGCGCCGUCGUUGCUGAUCCACGCGGACGGGUUGCAGCUCGUGAAGCAGCAGCAGCAGCAGCAGCAGCAAGUGCAUCUGGAGCACCGGCAGAAGGGUGCGGGCGGUGUGGGACCGGUGUCGGCGGCCGGGAAGAAGUAUGCGUACGGUGGCCUGCCGUACGCCACCCCGCAGCAAUCAGCCUCGGUGCAGCGGCGCAACGCCCGCGAGCGGAACCGUGUCAAGCAGGUGAACAACGGGUUCGCCAAUCUGCGCCAGCACAUCCCACCGACGGUGGUGACCGCCCUGACGAACGGGACGCGCGGUGCCAACAAGAAGCUGAGCAAGGUGGACACACUGCGCCUGGCGGUCGAGUACAUCCGCAGUCUCGAGCGUAUGCUGGACAGUGGCGAGCAGCCGGCAGUCAGUGUGGCCGCGGCCAACGCCACCACCAACACCAAUCAACUCUCCAACAGUUCCGUCUGCUCGGCCUCGUCCGGCUCGACCUACUACGGCACGAUGUCGGAACCGUCCAUCGCGUCCUCACCGGCACCGUCCCAUCUGUCCGACAACUCCUCGCAGCGCGGUACACCCGGCUGCUACACGCAGAUCUCCGGCAGCUUCAAUCACGAACCGUACGAAAUCUACGUCGAUCCGUCGAACUCGCCGGCACCGUCGUACGGCUCGGACCACGGCAUCGGCGGUGUCGGUGUGCACCAGCACACCCAUCUGCACCCGUCGUCGACCGCCCUGCCCGGGCAGACCAUUCUCGGGGCCCCGGCCGGUGUCGACAACAACAACUACAUUAUGACCCAACAGCAACAGCAGCACCAGCACCAGCAACAACAGCUCCAACUUCAGCAGCAGCAGCAGCAGCAGCAGCAACAACAAAUGCAAUUGCAGCAGCAGCACAUGCAGCAACACUAUCAGAACCAUCCGCAAGCGCAGACGCAGUUCAAGACGGAGCUGUACGACGACACCCCGUACGACGAGGGCUUCAGCCCGCAGAAUCCUUACGACGAUGAGCUGCUCGAUGUCAUCUGCCUGUGGCAACAGCACUAAAAUCCUCUUGGCCAUCGUCAAACUUCUACCAAGAAGUAACACACCAUAAAGUGCAAAGAUAAGAACACAAAACGCAUUUUGCGUUUGAUAUGCUGUGGAUGCUGCGGAGGACUUGUUCGACGCGGAAGAACGGACCGCUCGACGGACGGGCGGGAGCGGAGAAAGGGAGACACUACACUAGACAAUAACAAGAUAAAAAAAAAAAACUACGGUUCCCGGUGACAAUGUCUAGUCAAAAAGCAGCAAUUGAGCAUUCGCCGGGAGUACAUCGACCGACACCGACAACCGUACGGCUUGCAACGCUAUCACGAGAGCUUUCUCAAAGGAACUCUCCAAGGAGCCCUUUUCCCCACGUCGGGGGCGAACAUCGAACGUUGGGGACAUCCGUCUGCCUUAUCGUUAUUUAUGAGAGAGGGAAUGUUCGGUUGCUACCAAGGUGCGACCCAAUUUAUUGAUUGUAAAUAGUUUACGUUGGCAUGCAAAUUGGAGGCGAAUUGUUCAAAGUUUAUCCAAACACAUUUAACCGCUGGGGCGGUAGCGGAGAGUUUAAAAGAAAGAGAACCCUGCCUUGAGUUUAAGGUUAGAUUAUCUAUAUAUAUACAUAUAUGAUGAGAAAACUGUUACGUUGCACUUAAUAGUUGCUAUUUAAAAUGGAUCGAUAUAAAACCAGAGAAAUGAAAGCCAUAUACUAAAUGAAUAACAGGGGACCACAGUGCGAGGGACUGAUUUAGUGCGCUAUCCACAUUGGCCAGUUAAGUUUAUCACUUUAUCCUAUUAUAUUUAGCUAGACACGUUCCUAAGCUGUUGAUGGACGUUGUUAAGGAGUUAGCGUUACGCGAUCAAAACAAGAUCAAAUAUGUGCUAAAAACGAACGAACACUUAUACCAUGACUGCGUGGUCGAAUAGAUGCGAACUUUAUCCGCCCGUGCGGCACCGCCGGGCUAGAGAACGAAAAAUUGCCUCUUCACGAGCUUAUGCAUUUAACUUAACCUGCUUGCUCCGAAAUGUUGUCCCCAUAAUAAUCUUUAUAUGACUGUAUUCGUUGGCCAAUUCGCCCUUGCCUUAGAUUUUACUAUUUUAAAACAUACUUUACAAAAGCUGCAUACAACUUAGAGCCGAAUGGGAGCUUGACACGUUAGCUAUUAGCAAACCGGCGGCAGAAUUGAAAGAUAGCACACGGUUUGCCCAGUUGGUUGUUUGACUGUCUAAUUCUGUCGCCUUUAAAAAAAACACAUUGAACUUACCAGUGAUUACAUUUACUUCCAAACCAAAAGAUAAUCCUUGGUACAAUAUUUUUUGUUUUUAACGUAUUUCACAACAAUUGUAAGUCAGUAU